AUGAAGAAGAAAGACGCGGGAGGAGGCGGCGGCGGCGGUGGCGGUGGGGCGUUCGUCGCCGCCCCGUGCGUCGACAUCAAGCUCUUCGUCGCCUCGCUCGCCUUCCUCACGCUCUUCGUCGCAUUGUGGCAGCUCCAGCCCUACGGCUCCCUCCUCGCCGCCGCCCGCUCCUCCGCCUCCGCGCCCCCAUGCGCCCUCCCCCUCGCCAACAACACUAAGGUCCACUCCGCCAACUCGACGUCCUCCGACGCAGCUACCAAGACCGCACCGGUGGCGACGUCGGCUCCGGCCAUCCCCGCCGCCGCCGCCGCUGUUCCGAUGCAGCUGGCGAAGCCGGCGGCGCGGGCGGAGGACCCGAACACGAACAAGCCGGUGCUCCCUCGGCCGCACGUCAGCUCGGCGGCGCGGGCGGAGCAGCCGAACAAGCCGGUGCUCCCUCGGCCGCACGUCAGCUCGGCGGCGCGGGCGGAGCAGCCGAACAAGCCGGUGCUCCCGCGGCCGCACGUAACCGCGGCGGCGCGGGCGGAGGAGCCGAAAAGGCCGGUGCCCCGGCCGUCCGGCAGCGCGGCGGUGCGCCCGGAGGACCCGAACAAGCGGGUGCUCCGGCCGUACGGCAGCGCGGCGGCGCUGUUCGUGCAGAUGGGCGCGUACCGGGGCGGGCCGCGGACGUUCGCCAUCGUGGGGCUGGCGUCCAAGCCCACGCACGUGUUCGGCACCCCCUACUUCAAGUGCGAGUGGCAGCCCAACCCGAGCGCCGCCGACCCGGCGCCGCGCGCCGUCCGGACCAAGGCCUACAAGAUCCUGCCAGACUGGGGCUACGGCCGCGUCUACACCACCGUGGUCGUCAACUGCACCUUCCCGUCCAACCCCAACGCCGCCAACGCCGGCGGCAGGCUGCUCGUGCACGCCUACCACUCCACCGCCUCCCGCCGGUACGAGCGGUUCGUCGCUCUCGAGGAGGCGCCGGGCGCCUACGACGAGGCCGCCUUCAGCCCGCCGUUCCAGUACGACUACCUCUACUGCGGCUCCUCGCUCUACGGCAACCUCAGCGCGGACCGCAUGCGGGAGUGGGUGGCGUACCACGCGCACUUCUUCGGGCCCAGGUCGCACUUCGUCUUCCACGACGCCGGCGGCGUGAGCCCGGAGGUGCGGGCGGUGCUGGAGCCGUGGAUCAGGGCGGGGCGGGUCACGGUGCAGGACGUCCGGGCGCAGGCCGAGUUCGACAGCUACUACUACAACCAGUUCCUGGUGGUGAACGACUGCCUGCACCGGUACCGGCACGCCGCCAACUGGACCUUCUUCUUCGACGUCGACGAGUACCUCUACCUGCCCAACGGCCAGGCUCUGGACCAGGUGCUCGGGAGGCUCUCGGGGUACACGCAGUUCACCAUCGAGCAGAAUCCCAUGUCCACCAAGCUCUGCGUCAAGAAUCCGAGGAACGAUUACUCAAGGGAAUGGGGAUUCGAGAAGUUCGUGUUCCGGAACUCGAUCACGAGGGUGCGGCGCGACCGCAAGUACGCGAUCCAGGCGCGGAACGCGUACGCGACGGGGGUGCACAUGUCGCAGAACAUCUACGGGAGGUCGACGCACAAGACGGAGGCCCUGAUCAGGUACUACCACUACCACAACUCCAUCAACGUGUUGGGUGAGCCCUGCCAGGAGUUCGUGCCGCGGCCCGGCAGCGGCCGCAAGGUCACCUUCGAGGGCGUCCCCUACGUGUACGACGACGCCAUGAAGCGCCUCGCCGGCGAGGUCCGGCGGUUCGAGAACGAGACCAUCGGAUCGUCGUCUCUUACAUGA